CCCCGGAACCCCGCGGCAGCGCGCGCUCCGCCGGCGGCGCGAUCCAGCCCCCGGCCCCGCCUGCGCGGCCGGCCCGGCGGGCGCUGCGCCCAGGGACGCCCGGUGCCCGCCGCUCCGCUGCCGCGAGGUGACAGCGAUCCUUCUGUUCCAGCCAUUUCCCACUUUCCUCACUCCGUAAUUCGGAUGGGAAGUUGGGGAAGAUGGACAGGGUCUUGCUGAGGUGGAUUUCUCUCUUCUGGCUAACAGCCAUGGUCGAAGGCCUUCAGGUCACAGUGCCCGACAAGAAGAAGGUGGCUAUGCUCUUCCAGCCCACUGUGCUUCGCUGCCACUUCUCAACAUCCUCCCAUCAGCCUGCGGUCGUGCAGUGGAAGUUCAAGUCCUAUUGCCAGGAUCGCAUGGGAGAAUCCUUGGGCAUGUCCUCUACCCGGGCCCAAUCUCUCAGCAAGAGAAACCUGGAAUGGGACCCCUACUUGGAUUGUUUGGACAGCAGGAGGACUGUUCGAGUAGUAGCUUCAAAACAGGGCUCGACUGUCACCCUGGGAGAUUUCUACAGGGGCAGAGAGAUCACGAUUGUUCAUGAUGCAGAUCUUCAAAUUGGAAAGCUUAUGUGGGGAGACAGCGGACUCUAUUACUGUAUUGUCACCACCCCAGAUGACCUGGAGGGGAAAAAUGAGGACUCAGUGGAGCUGCUGGUAUUGGGCAGGACAGGGCUGCUUGCUGAUCUCUUGCCCAGUUUUGCUGUGGAGAUUAUGCCAGAGUGGGUGUUUGUUGGCCUGGUGCUCCUGGGCGUCUUCCUCUUCUUCGUCCUGGUGGGGAUCUGCUGGUGCCAGUGCUGCCCUCACAGCUGCUGCUGCUAUGUCCGCUGCCCAUGCUGCCCAGAUUCCUGCUGCUGCCCUCAAGCCUUGUAUGAAGCAGGGAAAGCAGCAAAGGCCGGGUACCCUCCCUCUGUCUCCGGUGUCCCCGGCCCUUACUCCAUCCCCUCUGUCCCUUUGGGAGGAGCCCCCUCAUCUGGCAUGCUGAUGGACAAGCCGCAUCCACCUCCCUUGGCACCAAGUGACUCCACUGGAGGAAGCCACAGUGUUCGCAAAGGUUACCGGAUCCAGGCUGACAAAGAGAGAGACUCCAUGAAGGUCCUGUACUAUGUUGAGAAGGAGCUGGCUCAGUUUGAUCCAGCCAGAAGGAUGAGAGGCAGAUAUAACAACACCAUCUCAGAACUCAGCUCCCUACAUGAGGAGGACAGCAAUUUCCGCCAGUCUUUCCAUCAGAUGAGAAGCAAGCAGUUCCCUGUGUCUGGGGACUUGGAGAGCAAUCCUGACUAUUGGUCAGGUGUCAUGGGAGGCAGCAGUGGGGCAAGCCGCGGGCCCUCAGCCAUGGAGUAUAACAAAGAGGAUCGAGAGAGCUUCAGGCACAGCCAGCCGCGCUCCAAGUCGGAGAUGCUGUCGCGGAAGAACUUCGCCACGGGGGUGCCGGCCGUUUCCAUGGACGAGCUGGCGGCCUUCGCUGACUCCUAUGGCCAGCGGCCCCGCCGGGCCGACGGCAACAGCCACGAGGCGCGGGGCGGGAGCCGCUUCGAGCGCUCGGAGUCGCGGGCGCACAGCGGCUUCUACCAGGACGACUCCCUGGAGGAGUACUAUGGCCAGCGCAGCCGCAGCCGCGAGCCCCUGACCGAUGCCGACCGCGGCUGGGCCUUCAGCCCCGCGCGCCGCAGACCCGCCGAGGACGCGCACCUGCCGCGGCUGGUGAGCCGCACGCCAGGCACCGCGCCCAAAUACGACCACUCGUACCUGGGCAGCGCGCGGGAGCGCCAGGCGCGGCCCGAGGGCGCCAGCCGCGGUGGCAGCCUGGAGACGCCGUCCAAGCGGAGCGCGCAGCUCGGCCCGCGCAGCGCCUCCUACUACGCGUGGUCGCCGCCCGGCACCUACAAGGCCGGCUCGUCGCAGGACGACCAGGAGGACGUGUCCGACGACGCGCUGCCGCCCUACAGCGAGCUGGAGCUGACCCGCGGCCCGUCCUACCGCGGCCGCGACCUGCCCUACCACAGCAACUCGGAAAAGAAGAGGAAAAAGGAGCCCGCCAAGAAAACUAAUGACUUUCCGACCAGGAUGUCCCUUGUGGUCUGAUGUUGUCAACAUUUCUCUGGAUGAUGAGAAAUCAGACAUGGACUACGGGGACAAGACACAAAUCCAAGAGCCAGCAGGCCCAGGACCUUCUCUGGCCAUCACCUUGGAAGAUUUGCUGAUCUCUGCUUUGGCAAGGGAUGGGAGGCAGCCUUUAAGGGAGGCUGAUUUCAAACCUCUGUGCCCAUCUAACUAGCUUGAGAAACUUACCAAGAAAGCAAGAAUGUGUGAGAACAUUCCUGCAUACAGAGUUUCUCAACUAUAGCGUUUAUCCUGCCCAACCUCCUUCCUUAACAGAACCAGGACUCCAUUUACAAUUCUGAAAGAGAGUUAGCUCUGAACUGCUGAACUCCAGAAAUUGCCUAUGCCUACAAUAUGUUUUUCUAUACCUCCUGUGCUAUACUUAGAGACAGAAGAAUUUAUUACUACUAUUAGAAGAAGGCCUUCUUCUGACAAGGGAAGAUAGCUUCAAGUCAAAAUAUACCUUUUAUCCCCAUCACUUUCCAGUCACUAGUCAAUGACUGUUGUUUCACUAAAAUCAAAAGGCAUUUGGUGAGCUCAGUGACAGUGACCUCUGGGACAAUCAAAGAAAUGACUUCAAUUUGCUGUUCUGAAUGACAAUUCUUAAGUAGCUAGGACAAAGCAAAAGCGAGUAUACCUUUUUGAAAAUCUGUCUAAGUGAUAUUUCCUUUUCCAUUCUGAGAACGUAAACUGCUUUUUCCUUUUCUGCUGCACAUGUCAAUAUCUGAGUCUUAGACAUUAAGGGCUCUUCUCUUCUUCCCCUCUCCUGGGCUUUCCACAGGUUGGUGCCACACACAGAGCCCUGCCUCCCUCUGCACUCUGAUUAGAUUGUCAUUGGAUGCCUUGUGAUAAAUGCUUAAAAUACACACAUGAAAGAGAAGAGGGAGGAAAGAGGAGAAGGCAGUAAUGCACAUAGAAAAGAAUGAGAAGGAAUUUAAAAGGGAAAUAACAUCAUCUCAUUAUAUUUUGAAUUUGGACCAUUUCACCCACAAACUUCACUCAAUGUUUUCUGGUUUUGUGCUUCACUUACCGUUAAUUGUUUCUGCCAUCCCAGUUCUGCCAUUCUAGGAUAUGGGGGAUGUGGAACAUAUAGCAUUUGGCCUGACUAAACUGCCACUAUGGCUGCUUUCAAGAGAUUAGAGAUACUGCUUUCUCAGGAAGGAGUACUUCCUAUUCCCACCCUUGCCUAAAUGAUAGAUUUUCCCUAAAUCCCAAAGCUAGAUCUCUGGAUUUUAUCGUUUGUGUAGAUAGCACAAAUGACCACAAACUCUUUCCUUCUCAUCAAGAGGUGCCAUCUUUUUUCCAACCCCUUGAAUCUGGAGUUGGUUAUGUGAUUUGAUUUAGCCAGUAGCCCAACAAAUGUGACACAAGCAGAGACUUGAAAAGUUCUUGUGCAUGGGGCUUGUCCUCUUUUGCUGCUCUUGGGAACCUUGCAACUACCACCAGGUGAACAAGCCUGGACUAUCCUGCUGCAUGACAAAAGAAAAGGGCCCAGUUACCCCUGUCACUCUAUCUGACAGCCCAUCAACUUUCAGCUGAUACAGACGUAUGAGUGAGUCCAGGCAAUACCAAUAGAAGAACUGCCUAUCUGAACCCAGCCCAAAUUUCUGAUUCCUACUCGAGGCAUGAGAAUUUGAUGCAUUCUUUAUGUUCAUUUCUCUUCAAGAACAAACCUGAUUCGUUCUUGUCUGAAUGUUCAUCCCUGAACCUCUUACUCCAUCCAAACUUGUGUUUCUCAUAGCCUCCGCUAUUGUUGACAGAUUUUUAUCAAAGCUUUUCACGCUGCACUCUUGUGGGGUACAUGUUUGGGUCAAAUCAGUGGAGGCUUGACUCUGCUGUCCCUUAAUCCAGCAGUGGUUUCUUCCCUGUCUAUGGAUCCGUGGACAACCUCUGAAGAUCUUCUCUUUACCAUCUUUUUGGUCUUCUCCAGAGCCACCCGACUGGAGCUAGACCCUAUUCUCGGAGUACCAUUCCUCUAGUAUCCAUUUGUACUUCAUGACAUUUCCAAAAAAAAGUCCUAUGUUUGCAAUGAAAUAAAGUGGCUGGUUGAGGGUCGGAGGGAUGAGCUGGUAUGUGUCAUUGCUUGGAAAAUUGACCUGCCAAAGGACUUUCCUGUUGCUUUCGCCAGUCCCAGAGAAAUCAGGAAAACAGUUGAACCCAGUGCUGGCACUUCCAAGGGCUGGAAGACACAAGCCAUAACCGUGGUGCUGAGUUUUAGACUUGCUGGUGUCCCUGGCCUCUGAAAGGCUAGGUCUAGCCUGUCUGUUUGGACCCCAGUUCAGAUGGAAAAGAUGAUAAAAAACAUUUCUUAGUCACCAGCUUUGGAUUUCAACUUGCUCAGGCAAUUUUGGAGAAUAUUGGGUAGCUGUGGUAGCUAUUACCGCUUUAUACUGAGCACUGUGUCAGGCUUUUCACCACCAAAGAGCCUCAUAGCACCAGCUGCAGAGACCAAAAAUAAUGUUUUUUUAAAGCUACAGAUGUGUGAUUUUGGUGAAGGUUGAGGGUAGCAAUGGGAAAGAAUUAAAGAAUUAUUAAAAUUGGAAACCUGCAAUUCUAAAGACAACAAAACUACAGAUAGAUUGAAAAGUACGAAGAAGAUAGCAGGCUACUGAAUUAACCUUGGGAGUUGGGACCACGUUGUCCUUUGUAGAACUGGAUAAAUCAUUCAGACUUCCAGGCUUUCAGUAGAGAGAAAAAGUAGUUGUUUCUGGGUAUAUGGACAGGAGUUAAGGCUGAGUUGACAAGUCAAAGCUUGCUGUCCUCAGCACCCCUGACUUUCCUCUAUGUGUCCUUUUGUUUCUUCUCCCUUGAAUAAUGUGUCCUGCAUAGGAAAUGGUUACAUUUGUUAGCUUCUGUCCUAGGUCUUAUUGGGGUAAAAAGUAAAUCUUGUGUAAGACAUAAUCUCUGUCCACUAGGACCCCGUAAUUUAAUAGGGGAAAUAAGACAUGCUCAAGAAAGGAGAUUUUAUACAUAGAGUAUGAAAUAGUGCUAUGGAUAAAUUAUAAUAAAACCAGAUAUUUAGUUUUUUUGAAAACUUAGAAUACUUUGAUAUUAAAGUGUUGUAUGUGUUUGUCCAUCAUCUUAUUUAAACAUAGACUCGGUGAUCUGAAAAGCCAGUACUCAAAAGUCUGAACUGAAAAGAGGUGAAUUAGGAUCGGGAAAGAGUGAGCUGCAGGGGUCCCAGAGGAAUGAUGCAUAAGCUGCUGUGCUUGCCUAUGAGUCACUACUGAGUCAGGAACAUGCUGGAGGAGGGAGUGUGGAUGCAGGUGGCAAGGAGGUGUCCCCUGGUAGAUGAGCUGCUUCUCUAGGCCAUGCAUGGAUUCAUUAGGAAGUUGGAGACAAUGGCCAUGGACCUCGUGCAUGUCGGCUAUUCCAUCCAAGCACAUUCACAGGGGAGCUCAGCGUGGCUGCUCCUGCGGCUCAGUUCUGCAGCUGUGAGUGCUGCUGCCCAUCUUCACCAACACAGGGCAGGUCUCACGGAGAUGCUAGGCUUCACAUCCCCCUUCUCAUGAUCCUCACUGUGCACUUGACAUAGGAUUAGGCAUACUAGAGAUGGGAAAAGGCUGCCACCCAAACCCAAGGCACCUGACCACAUCUGUAAAUAUUUCUGACUAGUCCACAAAAUUUCACAUAGGUAGUCUGAUUAGAUCUUGCCUUUGAGAGAAGCUGAAGUCACAGAUACUGUUGUAAUUUACCACCACUCCCCCAACCCAAAUUUUUUAAUAGGUGAAGAAACCAUCACUGCCAUUAAUGAAGUCACAAACCUAUUAGGUCUUUAGACUCCCAACCUCUGGAUCUUUUCUGCUGAUCAGUGUUUCCCAAAAUUGCCUAACCAUAAGAAUUAACUUGAUUGUUGCUGUUAAAAAGGUAUUGUUGGACCCUGCCUUGGAGAUUGAUUGGGUGAGUCUAGAGCCAGAAUUCAUAUUUUUAAUAUGCAUUCCAGGAGACUCCUGGGAUCAGAUGCAUUUGGAAAUUGUUGCACUAAGUCAUACCUCUGUGUACUCCAAACAGCUAGUCCUGAGGCUUCCUUGGGCCUUAGAAUUUUUUUCUUCAAAUGUCCUGGUGAGGUCCCUCUCAAUCCUUUGGGGCUGCUGUGGUGAGUCUCUCAGAAGUCUGGCUGUGACCUGGAUGGGCUCACCAGAGUACGCUCAUGGUAGUGGGAAAACAGGCAGAGAGAAAGGAGUGUCAGGUGCACUCCCGGGGAGCCUGUUGUAGAUAUUUCCAUUCCCAGAAUAGUGAUCUAUUGUGACAGUCUCAGAACAGACAACAAGAAUUACAGGUAAUUUUCUCAUUCCCUUGAUAUAUUUUUAGCAAAACUUAAAUCAUGAAUAGAAGGAAAAGAUGCCAUUGGGGAAAUGGAAAAACUCAAUCAUUUUAUAAAGCAUACAAAUUAUAAGGAUGACUGGCCAAUAGCACUUCCACUUUGGUCUUACCUAAGGUUGGGUAGACAAGAAUAAUAAAAGUCCUCAUUUUAUAUCCUUCCAAAAUCAGAUUUAAAUGCUGCCAGCAUCUUAAUGGAAGUCUGAAAUUGAUUGAUAGGAUGUAGAAAUCCAAAUUCACUAAAAUAGGGGGCCAGCUACUUAAAGUCCUAGAAGGAAAAAGUGCCUGUUUUUUUUCUGCCAUUAUCCUACCUCCUAGUCAUCUGGGAAACUGAUCUAUGAAGCUUGAAGAAGGGGCAUUUAACAUCAGAGUGGCGCAAGGGCAAUGUUGAGCUGCUUUAAGCAGCAGUCUGAGCUUUAGCACUAUUUGAAGGGGAGAAGGUUAAUACUAAUAAUAUUUGUGUUAUUUUUAUGAUAUAUUACUGUUUACAGAACACUUUCAUUUGAUCCCAACAUCAACCCCUGUGAUUGAGGCAGGGCAGAUGUUGUGGUCUCAUUACAUAGAAUGUAAAACUGAGGUUGAAAAAUACUAAGUGACUUGUCUGUAGUCAAAUGGUUUUUAAAAUUAUAAAGCCAGGCCUUCUGACUGUCUUGUCUAGUGUCCUUUCCAAUUCCUUAAAUACUCAUGGGACUGGAAUCUGGGUAUUCCAGAUUCCAGUUUCUCGUCACAGCCAGACAUCUGGUGAGGAGAGCCGUAGACUUGAUGCUUGUUCAUAUGUCAUGGAUGUGGUGAAGCUAUGAAGACAGAUACUGUUGCUGUUUCAUCCAACUAAGCACCAUUCCUCAAAUGCCAAUCUAAGAGGGAGUUGUGGCUUCACUCAAGGAGAGUUUCAUUUUCUUUUUCUUUCUUUCUCUUUCUUUCUUUCUUUUUCUUUCUUUCUCUUUCUUUCUCUUUCUUUCUUUCUUUCUUUCUUUCUUUCUUUCUUUCUUUCUUUCUUCUUUCUUUCUUUCUUCUUUCUUUCUUUCCCUUCCUUCCUUCCUUCCUUCCUUCCUUCCUUCCUUCCUUCCUUCCUUCCUUCCUUUCAUUCAUUCUUUCUUUCUUUCUUCCUUGAGAUGGGGUCUUGCUCUGUAGCCCAUGCUGCAGUGCAGUGCAGUGGUGCUAUCAGCUCACUGCAGUCUGAAACUCCUGGGCUCAAGCAAUCUUCCUCCAACAGCCUCCCAAGUAGGUAGGACUACAGAUAUGUGCCACCAUGUCCAGCUAUUUUUUUGUUUGUUUGUUUGUUUGUAGAGAUGUGGUCUUGCUAUAUUUCCAAGGCUUGUCUCAAACUCCUGGCCUCAAGUGAUCUUCCCACCUUGGCUGCCUAAGGUGCUGGUAUCACAGACAUGAGCCACUGAACCCAGCCGAGAGCCUCAUUUUCAUUAGCUGUGCUGUGAGGGGUAAUAUGUGCUUCAGGUUUUCUGGGGAAUCCUUCUGCAGAGAAGUUUCUGAACAAAACUACAGUUUCAUCUGGAUUCAGAAUUCUAGGCAGAAGCUGCUUAACAGCAAAAAUCUGGCAUCUUCACUACAUUUUAAGAUUUUAGGUAGAACUAAGAGGGAUCAGAUAUAGAGAGAUAAGGAAUGUGAGAAGGAAAAAGAUAUAGUAGUUUAAAUUUUUCUUAGAGUUUCUUGGUGGGGCUGGACAUGAAGUAACUAGUCUGACUCAUUUCUUCUGGGAAGGCUGAAAGAGACACAAAUAGCUUCUCUUUUACCUUGGCUUUAAGGAAAAGCUGUUUUAUUAACAAAAGUAUUAGACACGACUGCAUAAGAAAUUUGCUUUGUGAGAAUAAAGAACAAGGGAAUAGAAGGGUAGGACAGAGAAGGGUGAGAAGUUGGCUUCGUGAGGGCCACCUAUCAGUUGUUUUUGUGCCUUGUUUGUGACAUCAAAACUGAAAUGUUUGUAUUACUAUUGUCCAUGACUUUUUUUUUUCUGUGUCAGACAUACGCAUUGAAUUUGGUUGUAAUGUUUUAAACUUAAUAAAGAAUUCUUACCUACAUUUGUUACCAAGAACUCAUAAUUAACACAACUGUGGUUAACCAUGAUCUGACAUUAAAUGGCCUCAGCAAGAGAAAAAAAAUCAUACGAUACAUGUCCUCCUCUGAUUGUUGUAAGUACGGUAAUAGAGGAAUACAUAUUGUGGGGUUACAGAGGGGGCUGGUACUGACAGAGCAAAAGGUAUGUUUUUACAGAUUGUAAUAAGCUAGAUAAAUUCUGUUGUCACUCUUACUGCUCUCCACAGACUGUGUAACAUUCAGAAGGAGAUGAAGGGUAGGAAAGGUGUUUGGAUAAGGUGAUGGUACCUAGCUCAUUUUCAAGAUGGGCACAAGCAUGUGCCUGCUAGAAAUUACACUUGGGGAAGGGAGGAAGGAAGCUAUUCGUGGGAGGACAUUUUAAGUUCUGUAAAGAUUUGAGAAAUUCCACAGCACCAUAAUUAAGAGGAGGCAAUUAAAAACCUUUGUUAGCAAAAGAAGUGAUAAAUACUUCAGAGAACUAUUAAUCCUGUUUUGGAUGGCUAAGCCCUCUCAAGGGAAUUCCAGAUUUUAGGGGCCUUGUCAAGCAGAAAAUCUGUUUUUGCUUGAAGCAUCUGGGCUCAAUUUUUUUUCUUUAAGUAGUUAACUUAAAAAUGUUAACAUGUAGAUUUAAAGACUCUAAAACAGUUUAACUCUGAUUACCUCCUUUGUAUUAUUUUGUCUAAUGUUUUAAUUCCAUCUUGGUUUUUCAGCUUUAUAGAAUAUUUUUGUUUUCAUUUAUAAAGUAUUUGUUUAGAAUCUCCUACAUGUUUUUUCCACACAUCUUUUUUUCCUAUAUUUCAGCUCUUCCUUUUGAAAUCUUUUCUUUCUGAAGAAAGUUUACUUCAGUAAUGAUUUGUUGGUAGGAUACUCAUCAGUCUUUGUUGAUCUAAAAGUCUUUAUUUCAUUCUUGUUCCUGAAAGAUAAUUUCACUGAUUAUGAUUCUAGAUUGAUAGUUAUUUUCUUUCAGGACAUUGAAGUUAUUAUUACACUCCCUUCAGACUUUUAUUUUUGUUUUUGAGAAGUCAAUUACCAGUUUAAUUAUCCAUCCUAAUCUGUCUUGUCUCUCUGACUGUUUUAAAUAUUUUUUUGUGUCUAGUGUUCUUUGGUUUAAUUGACAUGUGACCAGGUGUGGAUUUCUUUUUAUUUAUUCAGAUUAGGAUUUGUGGUGUUUCCUAAAUCCGUGGAUUGGAUUUCCCAUUAAAUAUGGAAAACUCUCAGCUAUUAGCACAUCAAAUAUUUCCUCUUCUUUUUAAACUCUCUCUUGAGAAUUCCAAUUAAGCGUUAGAUUUUUUUUCAUUCUAUGCCCUAUAUUGUUUAAUCUAUGUUUUGUAUUUCCUCUCUCUGUGUCUUCGUUUCCCUAUUCAGGUAAAUUUCUUCAGGUUUAUCUUCCAGCUCACUAAUUUUCUUUUCAACUAGCUCUAAUCUCCUUUCUUUGAAUUUUAAUUUUAAUUAAUAUAUAUUUAAUUUCUAGGAGUUUAGUUCUUUUUCAAAUCUGCAUAGUCCCUGUUGAUAGUGUCUUGUGGCUUACUUUUUUUUUUUUUACAAUGCCCUCUUAUUUAUCUGAAUAUCUUAAUGAUACUAACUUAAAAUUUUAUAUCCAGUAAUUCCAAUAUCUGCAGUUUUUGUGGGUCUAAUUUUAGAGUUUGUUACUUCUGCUAACUUUCACUCACAGUUUUUUGUUUCUUUAUGGUUUUAUAGUUUUUUAUUGUAAGCUCAUGUGUGGUGCAAUGCCAUAUUACAUUGUGGCAGUCAAGAAAAACCUUUCUUGCUCCUUAUCUGCCUUCCAUUUCUCCAUAAUGACUCUAUGUAUACACAGCAACCCUGGGGGACCCAGGAAGAAUGCAUGAUUGAGUAAAGAAGAAGUAAGUGUGCUAAAUGGGAAAAAAUGAAAAAGGCACACAUACAUGCAUUUCUUUCUAACGCAACCUCUGGACUGCAAACAAAAACUUAAGAUGGGGAGGGCAAGAGGCUUUAACUUUAUAUAUUCUUUAGAGUUUGAUAAUAUAAGAGAAUGGCUGUCUUAAUUAUAGACAUAGACUAUUUUAGGGUUUAAAAGUGAACAGAAGGCUCUUAAUUGUUAAGAGUGGCCAAAUAAAUUAUGGAUAUAGAUUUCAUUCAAGAGGCCAGGAAGGCCGGGCACUGUGGCUUACACCUGAAAUCCCAACAGUUAGGGAGAUAAAGGUAGGAGGAUAGCUUGAGCCAGGAGUUCAAGACCUGCCUGGACAGUAUAGCGAGACCCCAUCCUCCACAAAAAGGUAAAAAUUAAAAAAGACGAGAAAAAAAAGAAGAACCAAGGAAGGACUAGACUCAUAGGAUGGAUUAAAAUUAGGCAAAACAAAUAAUUCAUUUUCCCCUAUGAUUAUCUAAUUCUAAUCCAAUUUUUAUAUGCUUUCAUUUCAAGAUAUAAGAAGUAGGCUAAUUUCAGGUUCUCUUAGAAAAUCUUGGCAGAGACAUCCUAAUCAUACUCAUCACACCACUUAGGUGAAAAUUACAUUUUCUGCUGAAUUGGUUAUAAGCAUUUCCUGAAUGCUUAUCAGGUGGCCUAAGAUGACUCACCAAAAAUGGCUUGAGGUGUAGAAGUAGCUAGGAAGUCGCUUAGAGGUGAGUGAGUUAGUCUGACACGCCAUCUAGUGGCACAUGUCCAAGAGAAUGACUCUAUUGCUAAUCUUCCAGUAUUGGGUGGAGCUGUGCCUCACAUUACUUAAGGGAUGUGUUUUUGAAAAGCUACAUAUGAAUUUAUAUAGCUUAUUUUAAUGCUAUAUGUGAAUUUAUAUAUAUGAAUUUGUUUUUUGAAAAACAAAUUAAGUGCAUUAGGAAUUCUUUCUUUAAAAGUGUUUCUUAACACUUUGCAAGUUUAGAACUUGCCAUAUUAUGUUUUUGAGGCAGGCUUCUGUGGGUAUAAUGUGGGGAAAACCAUGAGGUUUCUGCUUGGGAUCAAGUGGGAUUUAGGCACAUGCCUUUUGUGAUUUAAAGCUGUCUCAAAGAGUGCUUUUAACACCAUCGAAUUACAAUUGUUUUCUGAAGUCAGGUCAGGACUCUGAUUCUGCAGAAUUAUGGUGAAGCCAGUUUCUCUUUAACAAGCAAAAACUAUGUCAUCAAACUGUACAACCAAAGGACGUAAAUAGUCCAUUCCCUAGUCUUCAGCUGUACAAAGAUGAAUUAAUCUCUGUCUCUUGUUCUCUCUCUCACUGUCUCUAAAAGCCAAGCAGAGGAGAAAAUUCCAGACAUGUCAAAACACUUUACUUUUUUUUAAACAAUCCUUGCUCUCUGGAGAUAUUUUCUCAUAUUUUGUUACAAAUUUGUGUAGAAGCAUAGCCACAAUGGAUUUUUUCUGGCUCUUUUUCUUUCUCUGAGAUGUUAAUGUCCAGUAGAGCAAAGCUAGAGGGAUAUAUAUAUAUAUAUAUACACACACACACAUAUAUAUGUAUACACAUAUAUGUAUAUAAAUAUGUCAAUUUCUAUUAACACUGUUUUUGGAAAAACCCUUUGUUCAACUGAAUGUAGUUAAAUUAUAAUGGACAUUAAUACCCAACCCCAUCCUCCCAGCCUCUUUGUGUUGCUGGUAUGACUUAGGCACCUAGCUUUUCUCAUUCCCUCAGGCCAAGGUGAUAGCCACUGAUGUUUCAUUCCUUUGGCAGCUGUAUUAGUAAAAAAAAUUUUUGGUUGCAAAUGACAGGAAGAUAGACUAGCUUAAGAACAAGAAAAGGAGAAAUGGAGCUCAUCUAUUAGAGAGAUCCUGGAGUAGCUCACAGGCUGGAAGAAGAGCUGUAGGAACUGAGAACAAACCUGGGUCUCAAUGUAGUAAGAUUCCCUGUCCAUCAUCCACACCUACUUGUAUUUUUGCAUCAAUACAUUUUCUCAGUGAGGAUGGACUUACUCCCAAAGGCAGGAAUAUAGUCACUAGCAGUCUGAGAGUCACAACUUUCCAGCUCAUUUGACCAAGCAGGCAAAAGGCUUUACUCAUGAGAACAAUCCUGGAGAAAGACUGUGGUCAACUCAUAUUGAGUCAUGUACCCAUAUCUGAGCUAAUCAUGUGGCCAGAGAUGUGGCAAGUCUGUUUAUGACCAGGAAGGUGAGACUGCGAUGGACUGGAUAGUGGGAUAGGAAGAUUUCUCUAAAGAGAGAAGAGAGGUGUUAUUAACAGAAGAAGUGAGAACAGCGAUGCUGGGCAGACAAAACACAUACACAAUACCAACGGCUGUCUGCUACUGCAUCCAAAAAGAUUCUUUAUCUGCAGCCACAGAGCCCUGAGCAACCAGCCUUUCUGGCUUCCUUUUGUUGCCAAUUCCCUCACACAUAUUAUUUCUACCCAAGGCUUCAGGGAGGCUGUUUUUAAUGCAGUUCAGUGACAAAUCCUACCAGAGCCUUCCUAUAUAGCAGUGAAUGUCCUUGGUUAUACUUGUCUCGUUCUGAAUUUAGAAAUCCAUCUCUGUGUCACUGCCUUUAUUAGGACCUUUCAUCUCCCCCUGGAUUCUUCCGGUACCCUCAUUUCUUCUCUCCUACUUCCUGUUGUCUCUUAAUUAUUCACCUUCUACUUUUUUUGUUAGAGGUUCUAGACAGUUUCAAGAAAAAUACUUGAUGCUGGGCAAGGUGCUUCUCCCUUCCUCUCUAAGUUCCAUAGAACAGGGGACAUUUUGCUUCUCUGUUGCUGUGGACUGAGUGUUUGUGUCUUCCCCAAAACCCUAAUCCCCAGUGUGAUAGUAUUUGGGCAUGAGGCCUUUGGGAGGUGAUUAGGUCAGGAGGGUGGAGCUCUUAUGAUGGAAUUAGUGUCCUUAUAAGAAGAGACAGGAGAGAAAUUACUUCCUCUCUUUCUCUGCCAUGUGAGGAUACAGCAAGGCAUCUGUCUGCAAACCAGGAAAAGGACCUUCACCAGGAACUGAAUGUAUUGGUGCAUUGAGCUUGGAUUUCCCAGAUUCUAGAGCUGUGAGAAAUAAAUUUCUGAUGUUUAAGCCAA